UAUCCUACUGCCUACUCUCUGUUUUUCAUCCUUGGACUUCCAGGUAACUGCCUAUCCUUGUACGUUGCUUGGAUUCUAAUGCGUAGAGGGAACAGCCUGGCUGUGUAUUUGGUGAACCUGUCCGUGUCUGACCUGCUCUACACCAUCAGCCUGCCUGUAUGGAUCAUACUCGCACAGAAGCAGCCAGUGGAUGACACCCUCUGCAGCCUCAUCGACGUGAUCAUGUUCAACAGCUUCUAUGUGGGUUCGGGCCUGCUGUGCUGUAUCUCUAUGGACCGGUACCUUGCUGUGGUCUUCCCUCUGUACUUUAAUUCAGUGCAUAAGGUGCGCACCGCUGCACUGGUGAGCCUGUUAGUAUGGAUGAUGGAGAUUUCUUUGCAAGUUGGGCUCCUGGUGUACACAGGGGACCUGCAGAAUUUCUCAGCUGCACGCCUGUGUGCCAUCAGCGAAUCCAUGAGCAGAAAGCAGGCCCACGUGGCUAUAAUCCGAGUGGUGCUGGGAUUUCUCAUACCUGUGCUCUUGAUGGCUUUCUGCUUCCAGCAGAUCAUCAUGUCUCUCCGAGCAAGCACUUCCACAUUGGCCAGCGAGCGCAGGAAGAUCCGCAACCUGCUGCUGCUUCUCCUACUCGUCUACCUGGUGUCCUUCGCCCCCUUUCAGAUCGUCAUGUUCCUACGAGGCCUGUUGGAGCCUGACAGCUGCAGCGCUGCCAGACGUCUGAGAGACUACUAUAUGGUGUUUGUUGCGACUACGACAAUUAACAGUGUGGCAGAUCCAGUUGUUUACUGCUUGUUGAGUGAGAGUGCAAAGACAGAGCUUAAAAGGGUGUUCAAUAAGUGUGAGAAUAAAUUCAGCAGAUUCAGUUUUCUAAAGAAGUCUGCACCAACUUCAACUACAGUUUAACAGCACGUUCAGCUGUGUAUGUGUGUGUGCGUGUGUUUCAACAACAGUACUUGUGUCUUAUUUUAAGAUUACAUAUUGACUGCCAUCUUCUUUAUCCUGUUUUGAAACCUCUUGCUCAUUAUCUGACCUGGGUUAUGACAAACUCAUUCAUUGUGUACAGUAAAAUUGUACAACUUACUUGCAAACCGCACACAGUCUUUUCAACUCAUGCUUUUCUUUAUUAAUAUGUAUUUUAAACAUAAUUUAAGAAAACAUGUGAGAACAUGUAUGUACAAAUUGUGUAUUAGAAACUAUUAAACUAUUAAAUAUAAGUAUGUGUAAACUUCAAGUCACAAUUUUAAAUACUAUGCGUUCUAUACUUUAUUUGAUUUGAAUAUAACUUUUUAACAAAGUAAGGGGAGAUUGCUGACUGGAGCACCAGAAUGUGGAGAGAAACUGAGGAAUGCUCAGAUUUGGAGUGUGCUAGCAUGCAUUAAGGAUCAAAUUGUUUUCUUCGCAUUGUUUUCUUCACUUCUGAUUAUUCUGGAGGAGACUUCUAUAUAGAUGGCAAGGAAGCCAGUACCCUCUCUCUGAUAAUAGUCAGAUAGGGGAGAUUUCAUAGAGUUAAAAGAGCAAGACUAGAGGUGAGGGGUUUAAAG